UAACAAUAUAAAAUUAUACAAAUAGUUUUGGAUCGAGGCCACGACAAUUAUGUGCCUCUCUCCUCCCACAUUCCCAUCUAUAUAUACAUAUGCUUGGCUUUUCCUUUUGUUCCACUUUUAUACUCAUAUCCAUCUCUCUAAUCUCAAUAAACAGUCUCCAUCUCUCCUACACAUAAACAACUCACACUCAUCUAAUAAUCUUCCAGGAGCUUCUCUUAUGGAUCAUUUGCUACAGCAACAGGAUGUUUUUGGGAAUUAUAACAAAGCAAGAGAAGCCAUGGGAGUAACCUGUUUGUCAAACCCAACACAAUUAGACCAAAAUGAGAAAAAACCUUCUCCGGAAACUGGGGCGGCGAGGCCACAGCCACCGGAGCUAGCCGUGAGAUGUCCACGUUGCGACUCAACGAACACAAAGUUUUGCUACUACAACAACUACAGCCUCUCUCAGCCUCGCUACUUCUGCAAAUCAUGUAGGAGAUACUGGACCAAAGGCGGAACCCUAAGGAACAUUCCCGUCGGAGGCGGCUGCCGGAAGAACAAACGGUCGGCGACAAGAAGCCUUAGAACCACCCCGGAACCAGCGUCCCACGACGGCAAAGCGUUCUCGGCCGCGAGUUUCGGUGGAUACAGUAACAAUGACCACAUUGAUCUCAGCUUAGCCUUUGCAUUGCUGAACAAGCAACCUCCGGGGAGUUCUUCGCAGCUAGGGUUCGGUAGCUCUCAUCAGUCUGACAUGGAGAGUGUGUUUGGAACAGGCCAGCAAAAGGGGAACGCUGGUUAUGCGUUUGAAAACGGGUGCAGCGGUUUGGAUAUGGCCAUGAGUGAUCCAAACAAAGUCUUAUGGGGAUUUCCUUGGCAGGUGAAUGGAGAGAGAUUUGGGAUGAUGAACAUGGGAGGAGGCGGUCAUGUAGAUCAGCUUGAUUCAGGGAGAGAAAUUUGGACCAAUAUGAACUAUAUUAAUUCUGGUGCUUUGAUGUAGUUCAACUUAAAACUCCAAUUUUAUUUGGGGUUUAAUUUAGGGUUUGAGUUCCUUAUAGUUAUUGGGAGAAAAUAUGGGGGAUAUCAUUAUAUGGUUAUGGAAAUAUAGAUAUAUUAGGGCUCUUUCAAAGAGUUUGAAACUUGCAAUAUGGGGGUGGGGAGGUUGGGGUGGUUUUAUUUCUGUUUCUCAUAUAAAUUGUUGCCUUUCUUUCUUUUGUAUGUUCAGUAUUUCACUCCUAUGUUUUAUUGAAGACAGUUCCUUUGUUU